AUGUGCAAAGACUCUAUAUAUGAGACACUACGGAUCUGCGUCGAAGAUCCUCGGACAAUAUCAAACAAGAGAGGAAAUCAAGGAACGGUUCUAUCCGACGAAAAUAUCAAUGGCAAAGAAGAAGAAGAAGAAGAAGAAGAAGAAGAAGAAGAAGAAGAAGAAGAAGAAGAAGAAGAAGAAGAAGAAGAAGAAGAAGAAGAAGAAGAAGAAGAAGUGGCAGCCCCUCUGAUACGGCCAGCUACUCGCGUCCGCCUCGAGCGACUACACGGUGCGAUCGAGAAGCCCAGGUCCGUCAUGGUGGCUGCGAACGCGUCCCAACUAAUUGAUCCACGAGCCGCCGAUGAUCUCAACAGCAGUGAUGAGAAGACGGCAAAGGUGGACGCCUUCACCUCAAAUGUUCCUGGGGCGUACGGAGCCGUUCGCCAGAGUGGAUUGCGCAAGGUCAGAGUCAUUGCAGCUCGGCCAUCCUCCCUGCUGUCGGUGGCAAUACUGCAUUGUGUAUCCCUACAGUCAACUAGUUAUAGCGCAUCGCAUCUGACAACUGUGUUUUGUCUGUUUCCACCGCGGCUAUUGUCCAGAAGUAGUUUCCAGAAGCGUCCCCCGCGGGUCGUUAUAUUUACUUCCUCGCCCCAUCCAUACACUGAGUACAAGCGGAUACAGCGCGCCAACAAGAUGUCACGGCCUAGACGCGUCUCUUGUUAUCACCGCACGUUUAUCAGGCCUAACCACAAAUUCGUGCUUGCGUCGAGAUAUUCUGAACGGAAGCUCACACCUCCCGAUUCGAAGGUUGACUUUCUUGAGAUCGAACGGCAAUGGCAGGCGAGAUGGGAUGCUCGAGGAACAAAGAUACAGGAAGAGCGGGAUGUAGAUGAUCCCUUGAUACCAUUCUAUAUGGACCACAUCCGCAGCCCCACAAUAAUGGGGACACUCCAGUCGAUACUGGCAAAGAAAGGAACCACCGGUGCUCAUAAAGGCAACACAAGCAUGGUUGAACGGAUCCUUUUUAAUUGCGAUACGUCUCGAUUUCUAUCCAGUUCUUGA